UAGGAAGCCACUGGUUUUCCCACAAACCAGGUGUGUUGCCUGUUGUAUCUACCUACUAUGUUAUCUCACAAAAAAAGUUUCCCUAUAAAUAAGAGUUUCCAUCUCACAAUUUUCUCCAGCAGCAAUCCAUUCUCUAGUCUCUCAAUACAAUACAGAAAGCCUUCUUAAUCAAAAUCAGUGUUUUUGUGAUCAUUCAUAAGUGUUAAGAUGAGUAAGUCAUGGAUGGUGGCAGCAAGUCUGGGAGCUGUGGAGACAUUGAAGGACCAGUUGGGUGUGUGUAGGUGGAACUUUGUCAUAAGAAAUGCUCAGCAGCACCUCAAGAACCAUGUUAGAUCCAUGUCUCAAGCAAAGACCACUCUCUCAUCUUCUUCUUCUGCUCUUGUUUCCACCAAAUUGAAGGACAACAAGGGAGAAGAGUCCUUGAGGACUGUCAUGUACUUAAGUUGCUGGGGUCCAAAUUGAACAACCAUAAGAGAUUACUAUUGUAAUAUAGAUGCAUAGAUAUAGAUAGUGUUGAUAAGUUUCUUGAUGGAAAUUGUAAGAGUAGAUAUUAUUAAAGUCAGAAACUAUAUAUGUCAUUAUCCAUAUUUCUUGCC